AUGGCUACUGUGGAAGCGAGCAGCAGCGAAGGAAAAGGGCAGGGGGUUGAGACCUCUGUCACCUAUUACCGGUUGGAGGAGGUGGCGAAGCGCAACUCCUCGAAGGAAAUAUGGCUGGUGAUCCACGGGCGAGUCUACGAUAUCACCCGUUUCCUCGAAGAGCAUCCUGGGGGAGAGGAAGUUCUGCUGGAACAAGCUGGUGCAGAUGCAAGUGAAAGUUUUGAAGAUGUAGGCCACUCCUCUGAUGCCAGAGAAAUGCUAAAGCAGUACUAUGUUGGUGAUGUUCAUCCGUGUGAUCUUAAAACUGAAAAUAGUGGCAAGGACACUACGAAAAAUAAUGGGUGCACAAGUUGCUGGUCAUACUGGGUUUUCCCCAUCCUAGGCGCUAUUUUCUUAGGUUUCCUGUAUCGUUACUACAUGGCGGAAAGCAGAUCCUCCUGA